CCUAGAUAGUCCGCUAAAGUACGUACCUUCAGAACAGCGGAGCUGUCUUCUGUUCUGUCCUUUCAUCUCAAGCACUCCCGCGAAUGGUUCGGUCCCACCCUACUUGGUUCUGUGCACAUCACAACGGAAAAGUUGCUAGAUAAAUAACCAACGUGAGCUGGUUAUCCUUAGUCUUGCCUCGUUGGGUGGUCUCAUUUAAAACUGCUGCAGGAACUACCCUUACACUCCAUGACGAACGGGGUCGAGAGGCAGGCUCGCUCAUUGUUCAGUUGCUGGACACUGCGAAGCGAGUUCCUCAACCCGCCACAUGACGUUGGCCAGGACCUACCUACGUCACUCGAGAUUCCCGAGCUGGUUCGAGGUGCUACCGACUCAGCGGCUGCAGUUCGAGAUCUAGGCAGCGUGCUCAAAGUGACCGACAAGACCAAGACUGUGGUGGAUUUUGUCGAUAAAACAGCCAAGCUCCAUCCUUAUGCAAAUAUUGUUUGGCAGGUCUUGAGUUCGGUGUACCAAGCUGUUCGAGGGCAGAUUGAGAGAGACGACACACUCUGCGGUCUUGUCGUGUCUAUGGCUGACCUUUAUUCAUUCGUCGAUGCUGUCGAUGAGCUGAAAAACAAAAUUCGGCUCCUCGAAGCCAGCAUUAUCCGAAUUUCUGUCCAAACGACGGAAUGCGGAAUUUUCAUUAAGCAGUAUGUGUCCCGUGGGCUCAUAGGCCGACUCGCUCACCAAACAUUCUCAAACACCUCCCAAACAAUCUCGAACCUCUCGGGGGUGCUGACAAGGACCUUCGUAUGGGUGUAACAUCUUACAGUGCAUUCAUCUCGGUCCAAAUAUCCAGGGGCGUGGAAAAACUUG